AUGGAUCAUCAAGAGUUUGCCGAUUUGACAUGGGACGAGUUCCGUAGGCAUAGGUUAGGAGCUACUCAGAACUGCUCUGCUACUACAAGAGGCAAUCACAAGCUCACUGAUGUUCUCCUUCCUGAAACGAAAGACUGGAGGAAAACUGGCAUAGUGAGCCCAGUUAAAAAUCAAGGUAGUUGUGGAUCCUGCUGGACAUCCAGCACUACAGGAGCCGUUGAGGCUGCUUAUGCACAGGCAUUCGGGAAAGGUAUUUCUUUGUCUGAACAGCAGCUUGUGGACUGUGCUGGUGCAUUCAACAACUUUGGCUGCAACGGUGGUCUUCCAUCUCAAGGCUUUGAGUACAUUAAAUACAAUGGUGGACUUGAAACCGAGGCUGCAUAUCCAUACACUGGAAAGGAUGGUGUGUGCAAAUACGCAUCUGAAAACAAUGCCAUCCAAGUUCUUGACUCUGUCAAUAUCACCCUGGGUGCCGAACAUGAAUUAAAGCAUGCAGUAGGAACUGUUCGGCCAGUAAGUGUGGCUUUUGAGUUGGUAACUGGAUUUCGAUUUUAUAAAGGGGGAGUUUACACCAGCACAAAAUGUGGCAAUAGUCCAAUGGACUUGAACCAUGCUGUUCUUGCCGUUGGUUAUGGAGUUGAAAAUAGUAUCCCAUACUGGCUCAUUAAGAACUCAUGGGGAGCUAACUGGGGUAACCACGGCUACUUUAAAAUGGAGAUGGGGAAGAACAUGUGCGGUGUAGCAACUUGUGCAUCAUACCCUAUAGUUACUUAA